CUGCAGUACGGCAUCGUGCUGGACGCUGGAUCCUCCCACACGGCCAUGUUCGUCUACAAGUGGCCUGCAGACAAGGAGAAUGACACCGGGGUGGUCAGUGAGCACAGCAUGUGUGACGUGGAGGGUCCUGGCAUCUCCAGCUACAGCUCCAACCCUCCGGCUGCUGGGACAAGCUUGGUGCACUGCCUGAACCAGGCUCUGAGAGACGUGCCCAAGGAGAAGCACGUGGGAACCCCGCUCUACCUGGGUGCCACGGCUGGCAUGCGCCUGCUUCAGCUGGGACCUGAGGGCUCCGUGGGCAGUGGGGGCUGUGCUUGCAGCACCCAGCCCGUGGCGGCCACACUGAAGUCGUACCCCUUUGAUUUCCGGGGCUCGAAGAUCCUGUCGGGGGAAGAGGAAGGGGUCUUUGGUUGGGUCACCGCAAACUACCUCCUGGAGAACUUCAUCAAGCGUGGAUGGCUUGGGGAAUGGAUCCAGCCCCAGAAGAAGACCCUGGGGGCAAUGGACUUCGGGGGUGCUUCCACACAGAUCACCUUUGAAACUAGGGACACCAUCGAAGACCCCAGAAACGAGGUGAUGCUGAAACUGUACGGCCAGACGUACAAAGUGUACACCCACAGCUUCCUCUGUUACGGAAGGGACCAGGUCCUCAAAAGGCUGCUCUCAAAGCUCCUGCAGGCUGAGAGAUACCAAGCCAUUGUCUCACAUCCCUGCUGGCCCAUGGGCUACCGCAAGACCCUAUCACUGAGCAGUGUCUACAACAGCCCCUGCACAGAGAAGGAGAUGCCAAACCUUGCCCUUGACACCACCGUCACUGUGGUCGGCACUGGGAAUGGGAGCCUCUGUGCUAUGCACGUCAACAAGCUCUUCAACUUCACCUCCUGCUCCUUCUCCCACUGCUCCUUUGAUGGCAUUUUCCAGCCAGAAGUUUCAGGAAACUUCAUCGCCUUCUCUGCCUUCUUCUACACGGUGGACUUCAUCCAGGCAGUGAUGGGGAGACCUGUGCGCUUGCCCAGUGACCUGAAGGAUGCUGCUGAGACGAUCUGUGCCACCAACUGGAGCGAGCUGCUCCAGAAAGCCCCCAAGCUGGAGAAGAGGCUACCAGAUUACUGCGCCGUCACCAUGUUUGUUUAUUUGCUCACCACCAAAGGCUACAACUUCAACAACCAUUCCUUCCCCAACAUCACCUUCCAGAAGAAGGCAGGAGAUACCUCCAUCGGCUGGGCCCUGGGCUACAUGCUGAACCUCACCAAUAUGAUCCCAGCAGAGAAGCCCUCUUCCCACAAAAGCAUGCUGUAUAAUUACUGGGUCAUCCUCAUCCUGCUCUUUGUGAUCACCACCCUGACAUCUCUGGUGACUGCUGUUUGCCUGCUCCGGCGCAGCAAGUCUGGCACAAUAUAA